AUGGAGAACAUUCAACAUUCAACCUCCGUCCUUCAAGCUCUCAAUGUAUGGGGUCGCCGUGAUUACAAAAUAGCAAAUUACGACAAAAUGUCUUCACGCCCGGAGCUUAAAGUCGACGAUGAAAACGGUUUCAUUCGCUUUUUUCGAUCGCUACCUUCUAAAGAAGUCGUCAACGAAAGUAAUCCGACGACUAUUCGCUUGUUUGACCGUGGCGACUGGUAUACAGCGCACGGCACUGAUGCCGAAUUCAUUGCCCGCACAGUCUAUAAAACCACUUCGGUUUUGCGAACGUUAGGCCGCAGCGACUCCGGUGGCUUGCCUUCAGUCACUCUGAGUGUAACGGUCUUUCGUAAUUUCUUACGAGAAGCUCUUUUUCGUUUAAAUAAACGCAUUGAAAUUUGGGUGUCUGCAGAAAGUGGGAGAGGACAAUGGAAAUUAGGAAAGCAGGCCAGUCCGGGAAAUCUGCAAGAUGUUGAAGAGGAACUCGGCGGUGCAGGUGGAAAUGCGAUGGAUUCAGCGCCCAUCAUCCUUGCCGUCAAAGUCUCCGCUCGCUCAUCGGAGGCUAAGAAUAUUGGUGUUUGCUUCGCGGAUGCUAGUGUUCGUGAACUUGGUGUUAGCGAGUUUCUCGACAACGAUGUUUACUCCAAUUUCGAGUCGCUCGUUAUCCAACUUGGCGUGAAGGAAUGUGUUAUUCAGCUUGAUAGUACCAAGAAGGACGCUGAACUGGCGAAACUCAGGGCAAUUGCGGACACUUGUGGAAUUGCAAUAACAGAGCGGCCUAUGGCAGACUUUGGCACAAGAGACAUUGAGCAAGAUUUGACAAGACUAUUGCGUGAUGAAAGGUCAGCUGCUACAUUACCUCAAACAGAAUUGAAGUUGGCCAUGGGCGCCGCUGCUUCACUCAUCAAAUACUUGGGAGUCAUGUCAGAUUCGACCAAUUUCGGUCAAUAUCAACUUUACCAGCACGAUCUGUCGCAGUAUAUGAAGUUGGAUGCUUCUGCUUUACGUGCAUUGAAUCUAAUGCCGGGCCCGCGAGACGGAGCAAAGAAUAUGAGUUUGUAUGGGCUCUUGAACCAUUGCAAGACGCCUGUGGGAAGUCGAUUGCUCGCCCAAUGGCUGAAGCAGCCUCUUAUGGAUCAAGCACAAAUUGAAAAGCGACAUCAGUUGGUUGAAGCAUUUGUCGUGGACACAGAAUUGCGGCAGACUAUGCAGGAGGAGCAUUUACGAGCAAUCCCAGAUUUAUACAGACUGGCUAAGCGCUUUCAACGUAGCCAAGCUAAUCUGGAAGAUGUGGUACGAGUUUAUCAAGUUGCUAUUCGCUUACCGGGCUUCGUCCGCAGCUUUGAGAAUGUCAUGGACGAGCAAUAUCAAACGCCUUUGGACGAGCAGUACACAACAAAGUUGCGCAACCUAUCCAACAGUCUUGCAAAACUCGAGGAGAUGGUCGAAACUACAGUUGACCUCGACGCACUCGAUAACCACGAAUUCAUCAUAAAACCGGAGUUUGAUGACAGUCUUCGGGUCAUCCGCAAAAAGCUAGACAAGCUUCGCUACGAUAUGGACUUGGAACACCGCCGGGUUGCUAAAGACCUAAAUCAAGACAUGGAGAAGAAACUUUUCAUGGAAAACCACCGCGUUCACGGUUGGUGUUUUAGAUUGACCAGAAAUGAAGCUGGUUGUAUUCGCAACAAGAAAGAGUAUCAGGAGUGCUCAACACAGAAAAACGGAGUCUAUUUCACCACACGAACAAUGCAAGAACUCCGCAGAGAGCAUGAUCAGCUGUCAUCAAACUACAAUCGCACUCAAUCAGGUCUUGUCCAAGAAGUAGUCAACGUUGCAACUUCAUAUUGUCCUGUGCUUGAACAACUAGCCGGCACUGUGGCCCAUCUGGAUGUAAUUGUGAGUUUUGCCCACGUAUCGGUUCACGCUCCAACGGCGUAUACUCGCCCCAAGAUGCAUCCACGAGGCACUGGAAACACCAUUCUCAAAGAAGCCCGUCAUCCAUGCAUGGAAAUGCAAGAUAAUAUUUCAUUCAUCACAAACGAUGUUUCACUUGUGCGAGAUGAGUCCUCAUUCCUCAUUAUUACAGGACCGAAUAUGGGUGGUAAAUCCACCUAUAUUCGACAGAUCGGUGUGAUUGCGCUGAUGGCCCAGAUUGGCUGCUUUGUGCCCUGUACCGAGGCAGAGCUGACAAUAUUCGACUGUAUUCUUGCUCGUGUAGGAGCAAGUGACUCGCAGCUAAAGGGUGUGUCAACCUUUAUGGCCGAAAUGCUUGAGACAUCAAAUAUUCUGAAGUCUGCCACAUCCGAAUCGUUGAUCAUCAUCGAUGAGCUUGGUCGAGGAACUAGUACAUACGAUGGCUUCGGUCUCGCAUGGGCCAUUUCCGAGCACAUCGUCACAGAGAUAGGCUGUUUCGGCAUGUUUGCAACUCAUUUCCAUGAGCUAACAGCUCUAGCCGAUCGCUAUCCGAAAUCUGUGAAGAACUUGCAUGUGGUCGCUUUCAUUGGAGAUGCCAAGGAGGGAGAGAGCAAUAAAAAGAGGGAAGUCACGCUUCUCUACCGUGUUGAACCCGGCGUUUGUGAUCAGUCUUUCGGUAUUCACGUUGCGGAACUCGUCCGCUUCCCGGAGAAAGUGGUGAACAUGGCACGACAAAAGGCAGAAGAAUUGGAAGAUUUCACCACAGCGACCUCCGACAACACAGAGAAGAAAGAAGCUUCAGCACUCGAUGGCUAUUCUCAAGAGGAAGUAGAAGAAGGCAGUGCACUCUUGAAGUCAAUGUUACUCAAGUGGAAGGCGGAAAUUGAAGCUCCAGGAAAGGAGAACCUGACUGCAGAAGAAAAGCGUCAGAUUAUGCGCGACUUGGUCGCAGCGGAUAGCAGUUUGCAAUCAAAUAAGGUCUUUCAGGGUAUCAAAGCUCUAUAG